UCGUCGUCUCCCAGGCACGUGACUUCUCUCAGCUGCAGGUCGGGCUCUAGUUCGUUGGUGAAAGAUAUCAAGGAUACUAACAAAAAUCGAUUCGGCCAAAGUCGCUUUUAGAGAGAUUUAGGGCUCGGAGAGGGCUCAUGGUCACCAACAUCAAGAGCUUGGCAAUGGCUUCACCGUCGAAAGUUGCUCAUCAAAUAUCUACGGCCAUUGUUAAACCCUCUCCCCUACCAAAAGUUGAGGGAACCGAGCGUUGCAACCUAACGCCAUGGGAUCUCACUAUGAUCUCCCUCAACUACAUUGAAACCGGUCUUCUCUUCACCAAUCCUCCACCUUCCAACACCAUGGAUCAGGUUGCCGAUUGCCUCAAAGCCUCGCUCUCUGCAGUUCUCUUCCAUUUCUAUCUCUUGGCAGGCCGCCUCGUCACUGAAAAGGAUGACGAUGGGUUGACAGUGUCGAUAGAGUACUGCAAUAACAAAGGAGGUGCAGAAUUCAUAAGGGCCGUUGCUGACAAUAUAACUGUCCGAGAUGUUCUCGCAAUCAAUGCAGACGUUCCUUCCUUCAUCCCGUCUUUAUUUCCUUACUAUGGAACUGUUAACUAUGAUGGCCACUCACUGCCUCUUCUUGCACUGCAGGUGACCGAGCUAGCUGAUGGCGUAUUCAUUGCUUGCUCCAUGAACCACGCCAUCGCCGAUGGAAGUUCUUUCUGGCACUUCUUCCAAUCAUGGGCCGAAAUAUCCCGAAAAACUCUCAGAAGCGAAUUUGAUCAAGAUUUCACCGUAACUCACCCACCAAUUACCGAGCGUUUCUUCAUCAACAACAUAUCCCCUCCCAUCAAACUACCCUUCAACAACCCCGACCAAUUCAUCUACAAAUACAAACCUCCCUCCAAUCUCAGAACCCGAUCCUUUCAUUUCUCAUCCAACUCCAUCGCCCAACUAAAAUCGACUGCCAACGAUCAACCGGAAACCACCAGCUCAAUCUCAUCUUUCCAAGCCCUGUGCUCUCUCCUGUGGCGGUCGAUAACCCGCGCACGAACUCUUCAGCCUGAUGAAACAACGACAUUUAGGCUCACAUCGGACGCUCGACUGAAGCUCAGACCACCGUUGAGCGCAGAAUACUUCGGCAACUUUGUUACCAAAAUAUGUGUCACCACAACUGCUGGAGAUCUUUUGAAGAAUGAUAUCGGAUGGGCUGCGCAGUUGUUGAACCAGGGAGUGGCAGCUCACGAUGAUAAAGAGAUCCGAAGUACAACUGCGAAGUGGAUGGAAGAGCCAGUGAUUUUGAAUCCCUCUAAGUUGAGCAUGUCGAAUGUGUCGAUGAAUAGUUCACCGAGGUUUGGAGUAUAUGAGUGUGAUUUUGGGUGGGGGAAGCCAGUGGGUUUAAGGAAUGGCUCCACGUUCAAGGCGAACGGGGUAGUGUGGAGUUGGAGGUUCAUCUCCUGA